UUUUGAAAGUUUACGAGAUUAUUCAUGGUCAAAGAGAUAGGAAUUUCCGACUUCUUACAUAAGGCGUGACUAAAGUAUUCUAUAACCAGAACCACAGCAUUUGGAGGGGGGGUUCCUACAGUUUCGUUUCAAAGAUUUAUUAAAUACUGGAUUUCAGUAUAAGCGUUAUGUUCAAAAUUUAGCGUUGCAGGUUUGGUGUACGUGGUUUGUAUCAACUAUCAACUCAAACUAACCGAUUUGAGGUCCACAAAAAGUCUUUUAUCCAAAAUACCGGAUUCUAUCAAUACGUAAGUAAUAAAAAGGAAUUCAGUUGUGCUUGAAGAUCGUUCACAACCAUAACAAACAUUCUGCAGAGAAUAUCAUCAACAAUCUGCCUGUUUGAAAUAGCGUUGGCAAUGACGCCGUGUAUUUCGUUUAAUGAAAGCAGUGUUGUCAGCUUUUUGUCUAAAAAGUGGGCUUUGGAUUUUAACUCAAAAGCACGUAUUACUACUCCAAACCAAAUCAAUACUCCCGAUCUGAAGCAUCCUCCGGGAUAUGUUGAUCGUUCUUUCCCAGCUACUGCCGUCCGUGACUCAGACCCCCAUCUAAUGCGUCAGCGAAGUUGGAACAUUGCAUUGGGACCCUUCCGGCAAGUUCCAAUGAAUCUGUUCAUCAUGUGGAUUUCAGGCAGUUCAAUAUCGAUAUUUCCCUUGAUGUCUGUAAUUAUGUUAUUUCUACGUCCGUUACAAGCUCUUUUGUCUGCACAAGCCACAUUUAACCUUAUCGAGGGAAGUCAAGCUACAAUACAAUGCUUUGUGUAUGUACUUGGUAACCUAGUUAUAUUAGCACUAGCCACGUACAAGUGCCACACUAUGGGUUUACUACCGACUUACGCAUCUGAUUGGCUUUCAUUUAUAGAACCACGUCAAGCAGCUGAGUGGUCAGUUGGAGGUUUUGUCGUUUGAAUAUAGGACCAAACACAUUAAAAGAUUAGUAACCGUUGUUCGAAAAAUAAAAUGUUCAGUUUAU